GGCGGUACAGGCAUAUGUCCGCCUGCUAGAGAAAGCUCUCAGUUCUUCCCUCUCGCAGCGCGAGGAGGUGUGAAGAGGACCCGGAGGCCGACUUCCCGCUCACGAUGUGGCUGACUCUUCUUUACAGCUGCGCCGGUGGAGCAGCUCUCCUGUACGCUCUGUACCGAUGGGUGAUCCCCACCGUCGUGAAGAUCCACCCGGAAUUGACGCUGCUCUGGCACGACAAAAUCGUGGAGUGGAUAUUGGACCGAGUGACCCGGUCCACGCGCCCUCAGCGGCUCCUGGGUGCAGUACAGAAGAACGCCACUAGAGGGGACCCUCGCAGCGUGAUCCAGGCCAUCGAUGACUACUGCAAAAACAAGGAGUGGGCCAUGAAUGUGGGGGAUGAGAAAGGCGCCAUUCUUGACUCCGUGGUGACUGAGGUCAACCCGGCCACGGUGCUGGAGCUGGGGACCUACUGUGGCUACUCCACGGUGCGCAUCGCCACGCUGCUUCCGCCUCACGCCAAGCUCAUCACUCUUGAGUUCAACCCAGAGUUCGCAAAAAUUGCCCGUCAAGUCAUCGCUUGGGCCGGAUUGGAGGACAAGGUCCAGUUAGUCGAAGGCAGUUCUGAUGACUUGAUAGGCAGAUUGAAGGAGCAGUUUGGGGUGGACACCUUUGAUUUGGUUUUCCUGGAUCACUGGAAGAAAUAUUACCUCCCCGACACAAAACUGAUGGAGGAGUGUGGCCUCCUCAGGAAAGGCAGUGUCCUGCUGGCGGACAACGUCAUCUGCCCCGGCGCUCCCGACUACCUGGAAUACGUCCGGAGCAGCCCGCGAUACCAGAGCCGGUACUUCAAAGCCCACCUGGAGUACACCAACGUGGAGGACGGCUUGGAGAAGUCCGUAUUCUUAGGGUAGUCUUUCCACAGAAAGGUGUCGUGGUUCACACACAGGCGCUCGCGGACCGCUGGCCUCUGUUGUCUCGGGUUACAAUCAGGAGUUUAAUCUGUCACCGAGUCUACGAGCUUGAUAUUAAAAGUACGAGGAAGGA